CCUUCAGCGAUCACACACACACUGUCAUUUCCACGAUUUAGACACGAGCCUAGUUUUUCUCUAAAGAGCACAAGAUCUGAUUUUCUCCUUUUUAUUUGGAUCCCAGAAGCUGAGUGAUCAGCAUGGGCGGGGACCCCAGCUCCGCCCCUGCCCGCCCUAGCGCCCUUGGGUCCCCUGCUCCAGGGAUCUGGAAGGAUUUCACCCAGCCGGCGUGGAUCUCCGCUUGUGGACCGGGAAUGUGGAGUCCAGGCUCCGUAGAGCGUCCGCUGUCUGCGCAUCCAGUCCGCGGCGGUUGACCCCCUGUCGCCGGCGAACCGAGGCAGCGGCUCAUGGACGCAGCGGAGUCCCAGGCUCCUGCGGGGACAGGAGGUGAUGGCUCUGGAGGAAGUCCAGGAGAGACAUCCAGGAGACUUUCAAGAGAACAGCUUUGUGUACUGGUGUCGGCAGCUUCCUUAAACUUGGGUUGCAUGAUGGCCUUUUCCAUCCUUGGACCAUUUUUCCCCAAGGAGGCAGAAAAGAAGGGGGCCAGCAACACCAUGAUUGGGAUGAUCUUUGGAUGCUAUGCUUUAUUUGAGUUGUUGGCAUCUUUAGUGUUUGGAAAAUAUCUUGUACAAAUUGGAGCCAAAUUCAUGUUUAUUGCAGGAAUGUUUAUCUCAGGAGGAGUUACAAUUCUUUUUGGUGUCUUGGACCAGCUUCCGGACGGACCCAUAUUUAUUGUCAUGUGUUUUCUGGUGAGAAUAGUAGAUGCCAUAGGCUUUGGUGCAGCCAUAACAGCAUCAUCCUCUAUCCUCGCAAAGGCCUUCCCCAAUAAUGUGGCUACUGUGCUGGGAAGCCUUGAGGUUUUUUCUGGACUGGGGCUUAUAGUAGGUCCCCCUUUAGGUGGCUUUUUGUAUCAGUCCUUUGGCUAUGAGGUGCCUUUUAUUCUUCUGGGGUGCAUAGUUCUACUGAUGAUACCACUCAACCUAUGUAUUUUGCCCAGUUAUGAGUCGGAGCCAGGUGAACACUCCUUCUGGAAACUUGUCUCAUUACCCAAGGUCAGUCUCAUAUCCUUCGUCAUCAUCUCCCUCAGCUCCUGCUUCGGCUUCCUGGAGCCCAUCCUCUCUCUCUUCAUCUUGGAGAAGUUCAAUUUGCCAGCUGGAUACGUGGGACUGGUCUUCCUGGGUCUAGCUCUGUCCUACACCAUUUCAUCACCGCUGUUUGGUCUCCUCAGUGACAGGAUGCCUAAUCUCAGGAAAUGGUUUCUGGUUUUUGGAAACUUAAUCACAGCUGGGUGCUACAUGCUCUUAGGACCUGUCCCCAUUUUGCACAUUAAAAGCCAGCUGUGGCUCAUGGUUCUGGUGUUAGUGGUAAAUGGCGUCUCUGCUGGAAUGAGUAUCAUCCCAACUUUCCCAGAGGUACUCAGUUGUGCACAUGAAAAUGGGUUUGAAGAGGGAAUAAGCACUCUGGGACUCGUAUCUGGUCUUACUAGCGCCAUGUGGUCAGUUGGUGCUUUCAUGGGACCAAUGCUGGGCGGAUUUCUGUAUGAGAAAAUUGGUUUCGAGUGGGCAGCAGCUAUGCAAGGCCUAUGGGCUCUGAUAAGUGUGAGUAAUCCUGGAUUUGUGUGGGUUUCUUCCAUUUCCUUACACUUUGGAGACACUUGCCUUGGAGGAUUUAUUUUAACAGUGCAUUUUGUUGUGUUAAAGGGACUUGCGAUGGGCUUAUUUUAUCUCUGGGAGCACUCAAAGACGAGAAGAAGAUCUAAAGCUCAGAACAUCAUUGGCACGGAGGAGGAACAAGCUGCUCUCUUGCCCAAUGAAACCUAGCAUUGCAAGGCCUGGAUUGAUGCAGACUUUGAGACAGAUACCUCAAACCAUGACAGCAGCUGCUGGAGGAGCUUCCUGUGUGCCAGGCAGAGGUCCAUGCUUCCUGGACUCGAACCCUGGAAGUGUCAAGCUGCUUUUAGACAACCCUGCACUUACUGUAGUUGGGAGCAUCUAUGAGAAAGGGAAAAGCAGCAAAAGCUGGUAUUUUUAAAUGACCCACCUCAGGGUGCUGUUAUUGACUCUCUUUGGCUUUCUUAUUCUUGCGUUCGUUUUUCAUUCUAAGUUCAUCAGUUCUACAGAUGCACUUCUUAAAAUUAAUAUGUGCAGAAAUGAAGCUCCAUAAUACACAUUGAACAUAUACAACAGAAUGAAUAAUUUUAUGAAAUCAGUUUUGAAAGACUUGCUUUCUCUGCACAAAGAUGUUUAUACCCAUUAAAAAGGCAAAAUUUUUGUGUGUCUUGUAAAAACUCUAGAGCAUUCUUUGGCUUUUGGGUUUUCUAAAAAUAUUUCUGUGGAAGACACAAAAAAAUAAUGAUACAUGUAG